GAAUAAGCUGAGAUGGGAAAUCAAACUGUAAUAACAGAGUUUAUACUCCUGGGACUCUCCAGUGAUCCAUUCCUACAGCUUUUUCUGUUCUUCGUGUUUCUUAUAUUUUUCAUAGUGACAUUAUUAGGAAAUGCGACAAUCCUGCUGGUGACAAGGACUGGGCCUACCCUUCAGACACCCAUGUUCUUCUUUCUCAGUCAUUUAGCCUUUGCUGACAUCUGCUAUUCAACUGUCACUGUUCCCAAGAUGUUGGGAAACCUCAUAACAAAGCAGAAUACUAUUUCUUGGGAAGAGUGCAUUGCACAGGUUUUCUUCUUCAUUCAGACUUCUUGUGCUGAAGCAUUCAUCCUCACAGCAAUGGCUUAUGACCGAUAUGUUGCUAUAUGUGACCCCUUGCAUUAUGCAACAGUCAUGAAGAAAGAAAUCUGCAAGCACCUAGUGACUGGUGCCUGGGCAAUUAGCUUCUUGAUCGCUUUGGUGAAUGUACUUUCCUUGUUAAAUCUGCAUUUUUGCAGGAACAAUACUAUCAACCACUUUAGUUGUGAGCUUCCAUCACUCUUGGUGUUAUCUUGUACUCAGACCCUCACCAAUUACAUUGUUCUUCUGAUCUCUGUGUUGGCUUUUGGUUUCAGCUCAUUCCUCCUCACUCUUAUCUCUUACAUCUACAUCAUUUCCACCAUCCUGAAGAUUCAAUCAAGGGAAGGCAGAAGCAAAGCCUUCUCCACCUGCAGCUCCCACCUGAUAGUGGUGGGAUUAUUUUAUAUUGCCGCUUUCUUCCGAUAUGUGAAACCAAGCUCAGUAUCUCUCAUUGAUCUGGACAAAGUGGUUUCUAUCCAGUAUAGCAUCCUAACUCCCAUGUUAAACCCAAUCAUAUACAGCUUGAAAAAUAAAGACAUCAAAGCUGUCCUAGCAAAAUUAUUUGAGAAAAAUAAUUUUCUUAAACUUAUUCUGUGGGAAAGUGCAGAGCAAAAUAAAUUGUAA